CACUCAUCAGAAAAUCCAAAAUAAAAAAAUAUCAGAGAGAGGUCGCUGCAAAAAUCCAAAUCAAAUCUCCCCAGAUUUAAAGGAAGAUGUCUACCUUCAGCGGCGAUGAGACUGCUCCCUUCUUCGGCUUCCUCGGCGCUGCCGCCGCCCUCGUCUUCUCCUGUAUGGGAGCUGCUUAUGGAACUGCGAAGAGUGGUGUUGGUGUGGCUUCCAUGGGAGUUAUGAGACCUGAGUUGGUGAUGAAGUCCAUUGUCCCCGUGGUUAUGGCUGGUGUGUUGGGUAUCUAUGGACUCAUCAUCGCUGUUAUCAUCAGCACCGGUAUCAACCCGAAGGCUAAGUCUUACUACCUCUUUGAUGGAUACGCGCACCUCUCGUCUGGUCUUGCUUGUGGUCUUGCUGGUCUCUCAGCUGGAAUGGCCAUUGGAAUCGUUGGAGAUGCUGGAGUCAGGGCAAAUGCUCAGCAGCCUAAGCUUUUCGUGGGGAUGAUUCUUAUCCUCAUCUUUGCGGAAGCACUUGCUCUAUAUGGUCUCAUUGUAGGCAUUAUCUUGUCCUCUCGAGCUGGUCAGUCCAGAGCAGAAUGAGAAACAAAACAAACGUCAGGUGAUGAUUAUUAUUUUUUUCGUGUGUGGAAUGUCUCACUUGCUCUCAUCUGUUUGUUUGGGGUUGCGAUCUCUGCUCCUUCCUUCCGAUGGGUGCUUGAGUGUAGGAUGUUGUUAUUUGUUUGGUUGGCUAAUAAUAAGACAAGUGUGCAUGUUUUGUAUUCUUUGUAUUUGUCUUGAGGAACUUGAUGAUAUUUUGUUUGUAAAGAAGUUUGCUUCUGAAACCAUCUUCGAGUGUUGUUAUGAUAUUCAUCUA